AGCCUUAUUAGGUGUGAUUAAAGAGGAAGGAACGUAAGAACGAGUAAGUUCGUCUCUGUUUACAUAUUUUUUGUUUCCGCACGGGGGUGUUAUGAAGCAAGUGAGUCAUCCAUUUCCUGGUAUCAAAGAAAAUAUUUGCCUUGCCACUAAAGAAAACGAGCAUUCUACAGAGGGAGGCGGGAAGAGGGGUGGGGGGGUGUACUCGCGUGGUGGAGGGUUGGUGUAGAGGGAGUGGGCUGGGUGCAGGGAGGGAGGGACUAGUGUUCGGCUGGGAGGGAGGAAGGGCACCUUUGGCUAGGGAGGGAAGGAGGGAGAGUGGCGGGCAGGCGCAGAGCAGACGACGCUAUUUCUGGGCCGGGCUGAGCCACUCCACGCAGCCAAUUCUCGUCCUUGCGAACGCCUUCCCGAAAAUUGCUUUUAUCGUGUCAUUCUCGACGCUGGUGGAGUCGGACAAGGGGGGGAUCACCAGACCUGGGAAGCUCCAAGUCGAGCUUGGUGCGUCCUGUGCUGAUAAGGCCUCGGGGAACAUGCAGCAGCAGUAGCAGAGUUACAUGGGCACAGCAGAGAUGUGAUGAAUGACCAGUGGGUGCUGCACGUGUCUCUCUAAUAUCAACAUUACGAUCGAGUCCAUGUGAAAAAAAAUGUUUUUGAAAAGUUGAAUAUAAUAGUGAUAUGGCUUUGGCUGGUGCUGGCUUUAGAUAACACUGUCUAGUCUGUAGUGUGUAUGGGCCUCUAACUAUCCCUUGUUACAUUAGUGUGUGUGUGUGUGUGUGUGUGUGUGUGUGAGAGAGAGAGAGAGAGAGAGAGAGAGAGAGAGAGAGAGAGAGAGAGAGAGAGAGAGAGAGAGAGAGAGAGAGAGAGAGAGAGUGUGUGUGUGUGACGAAGAGAAUAAUAUUGUGAUGUCACUAUUAUCCAGGAGAAAGCAGCAGGAAUAUCUAGUGUGUGACCUGAUAUAGGCCUCUUUUAAUAUUUUUUAGGGCAAAGCAAUAUCAUAAUAAAACAAGACACAAUCUCCAGAAGAAAUUAUGACAUAGUUAUGAUGAAAGUUAAAUUAAAGUACUUGGUGCAAAGACUGGCUUAGUAACUGAAUUUUGUUGAAAAUGUUUAAUUAGAAAUAAAAGAAACAAACUAAGGUCAUGAAAAAGUGAAAGUCUGUGAUACAGAGUGUAGAAACCCAGAGUGUUUUGUAAUCUCAGUAUGCCCAGUGACUUUUCUAGUUCUCUGUCUCAUGAAUCCGGGGUUGUCCAGUGUGUCUUUUCAUCCCAGCAGGUGAGCACGAACACUUGCAACAUCUCUUGGGGUGUAGCUGUCAGUUCUUCAUCAGUGGCUGUCAGUUCUACUCCAUCACUGAGUGUUGAUUCUACUCGACCCGACUUAACAGCAAGGCUGAGGACAAGUCCUUCUCUUUCCCUACCUGCUGAAGGGAACUCUCUUAAAGAAAUCACAAAGACACAAGUACCUGUGUCAACAGCGUCUAAAUGUGAUUUCAGUGUUUCCAGGGAACCAGACUAUCAUCUUAAUGACACCCAAUGCUUGAGAAAUUUACAGCAUUGCCGUUUAGAUGCCAGUUUACCAGAGGGAUUGUGUGAGAGACUAAAAGAGGCCGAGGUUCUGAACACAUCUAGUACGGUCUCAUUUUAUCACCAGGAUAGUGGUUUGCCGGUCAUUUCGGAACGAACAAAGUCCUGUCCCAAGACAAAUCCAAAGAAAGAAGUGUUACUGAUUGUUGGCGACCUAUUAAUAUCAAAAGCGGAAGAGUCACAAGCAAAUGAAGAAUUAAACUUAAAAGCAGAACACAGUGGCACACCAUUCUUCUUACCUGCUCAUUCUGGCAGCAAUCUGACCAUACAAAAAAUUGAUUAUAAGUGUAGUGUGUUGCAGGAUCACAGCAAAGCGUGUCAGUGCAGUACUCCUCGUCUGCAUGUGUAUCUAACUUGUGGCCACCAGUGCAGAGUGACAUGCAUCACCAGAAAAGACAGCAGCAGUACCAUCAUUAAGACACAGAGUCUCUCUACUAAACCCUUAGACAAGUCUAUUACACCUCAUCACACACUUAGCACCAUAAUGAUGACAGGGAAACUUAAAACCAAGUGUCCCAACAAAAAAAAUGAUUCAUCUAGAUUUUCCCACAAAAAGUUAAUAGUCGAGACUUCUGUUGAUGAUGUAGUAGUGCCAGGAAAAUCGUCUGACAUCGACAAGAAUAUGCCAAUAGAAAAAAAUAAACAAGAUGAACCAGAGUCUGAGCUACUUGCAGAGGGUGAAUGUGUCUGGCUUCCCACCAUCAUGAGUACUCUAUCUGGGGAUGUGGAGUAUGUCGUGUUAGAUGAUGACGCUCUCAACUUAGGACAGGCAUCCGACAGACCAGUGUCUCCAGGGUCAUUGAAGUCUAAAAUCAAUACAAUAUAUGAGGAUAUUGAUGAAAAUCUAGUCAAUACAAGCAACAGUGAUGUGUUACAAAGCAUGAAGCCAACCAAAUCUCGAGUCUCGCCAUUAAGAAGACUGUCAGAAAUAAAGCAGGAAAUAGGACAGAUUGUGAAUUCAGCAACAGCUAGCACAGACAAGAAAGAAGAGGUUAGUGAUGACCUAGCAACUUCCUCCAGCCUGGCAGAGGUGUGCACUAACCACUGCCCAUCUAUCAAAGACAUAUUUGGUGACAUUUGUGUGAAGGAAGAGCCAUUGGAGGAUGUUAAGCAAGACAUGACAGUCGACGAUUUCAGUAAAGAGAUUCUAAAGACUUCAAAUAAGGAGCAAAGCAAUAACCUUCCUUCAGGGACUUUCAUGCAGAAGGAAGAAGUGGAUAGCGAAGAUGAGUGUGAAGAAGGUUCCGGCAGAGGUCUCUUUGCAAAGCUAAUCAAAGAGGAAAGCAAUGCCAACGAGGAAGUUAACAUUAUUGCCCCCAACUCUGAUGAUUCACUGGGUCCACUUCAGAUAGAUGAAAAGUACUUUCCAUCUUCAGAGGACACAAGUCUGUCUUUAGUGAAGGAUGUCAUGGAGUUAAGCGUGCCAAGUGUUAACAUCAUCAGCCCUUUCAAAAUAAAGAUCCUCCUGGGAAGUCCUAAAAACGAGUCACACCAAGUUCAUGCAGAACCAACACCACAGGUGGGACCUUCCAGCAACAACAUGUUUGGAAAGGUUGUGGAAGUAAAAAAAGGAGUUUUGACACCUGAAAAAGUCAAACGAACUGCCAAAAAGAGUCAAGACAGCACUUCAAUGCCUGUCCAGUUAACAAGUAGUCCAGGUGCUCUUAAAACUGUUGACAGUAUUCAGAGUCUGACGUGUAUCUACUGCCACACCAGCUGCCCAGAUAUCCAGGCUCUUGCUGAACACUUUGAGAACCACCAGAAGGAUGGUUUGAUAAUUUGCUACUUUUGUCAAAAGAGCUUUGGUGAUAAAACUGGCAUGAAGAGGCACAUGCGGACCCAUACAGGUGAGAAGCCAUAUCAGUGUAAGAUAUGUGGCAAACGCUUCAGUCUCCCUGGAAACUUCAAAAAGCACAGAGACAUACACGAAGACAAACGGACAGAGCCUUGUGGGGUGUGUGGCAAAACUUUUAGACGGAAGGAGCACUUGAAGUAUCACAUGCGCACCCACACUGGGGAGAAGCCAUUUCGGUGUAGUGAGUGCGGCAGCUGCUUCACGGCACGUUACUCGCUCCAGAUACACAUGAACAUACACCUGGGAAAAAGGCCAUACAAGUGUACCUACUGCAGCAAGGCUUUCUCGGACAAAUCCACGAUGAGGAAGCACGUGAGGGUUCACACCGGAGAGAAGCCAUUCCGGUGCCAGGAGUGCUGGCGCUGCUUCGGUGAGUCCGGCACCCUGGCGGCACACAUGGCCACGCACCGGAACGAACGCCCCUUCCGCUGUGACAAGUGUGAGCUGUGCUUCAAGACAACAGGAGGCCUCAGACAACACGAGAAAGUGCAUUCUGGUGAGAAACAAUUCGCUUGCAGGUUCUGUGGCAUGAAAUUCUUACAAAAAUACAACAUGACCAUGCACGAACGGAUUCACACUGGAGAAAAACCGUACACCUGCUCCCACUGCCAGCGCAGCUUCCGGAGCCGCUCGUGUCUAGCCAAACACGUUGUUCUACAUGGCGGGGACGAUGAGCGCCGCUUUGGAUGCGACCACUGCAACAGUAGAUUUUACCGCAAAGCCCACCUGAGACGCCACAUAGACAUGCACUUGGGAAUAAAGAACUAUAAAUGUGACUAUUGCCAGAAGAAGUUUUCUACUCGGGGAACACUGAGGAGUCACCUCAAGACGUUCCACAGCCAUGGCGCUCGACGAUUCCCAUGUAACAGAUGUGGCAGAGUGUUCAAGCGGCAGGUGUAUGUGAACACUCAUCUGUGUGCCAACACCGCAUUCAAAAGUGAGUCAAGGAACGAGAACGGGGAGGCAAAUGAGGAUGCACAUACGGCUGUGUUCAACAAUGAAUCUACAGACUCGGAAGAUGUAACGUUUGAGGUGAAAAGUGAACCAGAGGAAUCCGUGGUGGAAGACAUCGAAGUGAAUAAUGAACUGGAUGAAGAUCAAAUGGACUACACAGUCUUGGAAAAAGAAGUGGAAUUAGAAUGGGAGCCUCAAAGCUAAUUCAUUCAUGAGAAGAACAGCAAAAGUGUCUUUGUGUGAGUGCACUUUUUUUGUGUGUGUGCGUUUGUAUUAUAGGAAAGAUACCAAAGAUAAAUAAGACCUGUACACACAGAUCUACAUAAAAAAGUAACUGAGCUGCAAAGUUACUAAGUUCAAAUUUAGUUUACACAAUUACUCAUUGUAUAUACUACCUCUUGAUGUUUAGUUAUAGUGGCAUGAAGAAAACAAAGUCGGAGCUUAAAUGCUCCAGAGCAUAAUUGUUUAAAAGGAUAGGCGAGUGAAGAUUCUAGUUAACUUUUGAAUUGAUAAGAUCGAAGAAAACGACUGAGAAAAAAUACAGGAUUUAAGCUAUAUUAAUUAGAUCAAACAGAAGUGUGCGUAUGAUAUGUUAGUAUUACUUCGAUGACUAGUUGCUAGAUCCCCGAUGCAAUCUUUGCCAAGAUCUGGUUAGGAUUAUGGUAGAUAUACUUGUCAUGUUACCUUCUUGUCUAUAGAGUUAUUAAGAAAAAAUGGCCAUUUGCCCAGCUAUUUUUCUGGCAAUGUAAAGCUUAUGGUGCCAAAAAUCUGAUCAAAAGUCUAAUAUUUCUUGUUAUAGUAUCGAGUGGAUCACUAGAAAGCGAAAUAAAUUAGAUGAAAAUAACUACUAAUGUGAUGUAUAUCAUGGAAAAAAAAUCACCAUUUAUGAUGUCUUAUGUAUUCAUUUCUAAGAACAGAUAAAUUGAUGUUAUGGACGAUACUGUGGUACAAAUAAACAUAAUCAAGAAAAUAUGGAACGCAAAAUUUGAAAGAUUAUAUACUCCGGUUCUCAAAAAGAUAAAGAAAUAUUAUGGUUAGUAAAUAUUAGAACAUGACAUAAUCGAAAUUGAUGGUGAGAGUUUUGUGUCGUGGAUUGGAUGCAAUAAAAUCUAAAGCAGUGUAUGCCAUGUACGUAGUUCUAAAGAGUUUACAUACGCCAUGACAAAAGCAGUGUCUUGGCGGGGUGGUAACAUUUUCAUGUAAACAUACCACAGCUACGUGCUCUGAGUUGCCUAGCAUGGUAACAUAUUUUUGUUGGCCUUUAGGAUAAUAUUAUUUUUCAGUCUAUUUGUGUGGAAAUAAAUAUUUGUUUCUAAAUAUAACUUGUUCUCAUAUUAAGAAUAAUCAGAAAGCAGGCUAGUAAAGAAUAUUAUCAUUGCUUUUGUUCUUUUCUUGAGGAAAAACAUUUCGAUGCUAAAGUGUAAACGUUAGAUGACCAUGUUGUAGUAACCAUGUGUACCCUACUGCUAUUUUGUCUGUAGAUUAGGAGAGAGAGAGAGAGAGAGAGAGAGAGAGAGAGAGAGAGAGAGAGAGAGAGAGAGAGAGAGAGAGAGAGAGAGAGAGAGAGAGAGAGAGAGAGAGAGAGAUUUACACAGCUAUACAUAGAUAUUCAGACCACACAGACCCUGUGGUCAGGACUGUAUAAGUGGUCUGUCAUAAAUAUUAAGUGUAAUUACAAGUCAAAUGGCCUAAAAAACUGCAAGACUGCAUUUUUGCCUUAGUUAAUAUUAAGAUGGAGGAAAUGGCGGUUGAAUUUCUUUUCAAAUGAGUCAAUCGUGUUGCACUAAACCACUUUAGGAGGGAGUUAAGUGUCCUUCGCAUGAUAGGGAGGACAAAACGAUACCAUAUAUUCCAAGUGAGGUCUGACUAAACUAUUGUGCAUCGGUAGUAUUACAGCUAAACUUUUGAAUGAAAAGUUUCCUACAACAAAGCCCAACAUCCUGUUCCCUAUAUUAUUUGCUGCGUCAAUGCAUUGCUGCGAGAACUUUGACGAAUUUUUGACACCUAGGCCCUCAACACAUGAUACGCUUUUAAGUGUCACACCACACAUUUCAUAAUCGAACCUCCUAUCUUUUGUUCCAACUUAGUACUUAUUUAUUUUGAAAAGUAUCUCCAAUCCGUCAGAUUAAGCUGAAAUUUUAUUCAGAUCUUCUCGGAGUUUUACCUUGUCUUAGUCUGCGAGGGCCGAGUUACCAAUUUUCGUGUCGUCAGCAAAUUUUUUGAUGAAAUUAUUGUCCAACAUCGACGUCAUUAAUGUAAAUUAUGGACAGUAUUGGACCAAGAACUGAGCCUCUUGUGACAGGCGUUCACCCUAAAAGCUCCUUUAAUCACCAUUCUUUGUUGUCUAUUGCUCAACCAAUUAAUGAUUCACUGGUUGUUGUACCUGGUUGUUUGCUUUUCUAAAGUAAAAUAUGGUUUAGAACUUUAUUAAAGUCCUUUUCAAAACUCCGAUAAACUACAACCAGUGAUUUAUUUACGGCAUAAACUGAGGAGAGGUCAUUUUAAAAGAUCAAUAGGGUAGAAAUCAGAUACUGAGGAAAAAAUAGUAUUCGACUUCUUAGCAAUAUGCUGAGUUUAAGUUACUAAAUUAACUGUACUGCCAGUCCAAUCGUACUACUGCUCUAUAUUUUUGUUGUUUGCGUAUUUGAAGAAAGACCGGAUUAGUUUUACAAUUAUCAGUGUUAAUUUCUUCAAAUCUACGCUUUGCCUGACAUACAUUUUUUUCACUCGUCAACUGGUUUAAUGAUAAAGUUUGUUAUUUUCGUUAGAGUUUUGCACUUUUUUCCUAUAAAACAUAUUUCUUCUUGAGAAAAUCUUUGAUUUUGAUUUUAAACCGAUGGAUUUUUAUCAGUGUUGUGUAGCUUCCUACCAAAUUAGAUAAAUGUAUUCUGCUGAGCAUCUAGUCAGGAAAUUUAAUUAACAUUUCUGUGUGUGUGUGUGUGUGUGUGUGUGUGUGUGUGUGUGUGUGUUAAAAUAACAUUUUUUUUCAUCAUUACCAUACAUUGCCAUAUAAAGUUUAUGAAUAUCGGUUGAAACAGUCUGACGUAUACAUUUUCUUUAAUAAUUAUUUCAUGCAGUAUGGCAAGUUUUUUUUUCUGCAUAAGUUUAUAUACAGAAGUGUAAGUUAAUGGACGCAUAGUCAUCAAACUUAGUCCUUGUGACCCUCCAAGUGUGAUGUAAUUAUGAUUUCUGCAACAAUAACGAUAAGAAUUUUAACUCAUACAUCUUUCAUCAUGAAAAUGAUAUUUCCUUUGUCCUCGUACUUAAAACUUUGAUUAUCUUGAAUGCUCUCUGAAUUCUACUACAUUAAUGUGAAGUUUAAUACUCAGUGAUUGUGUUCAAGAUAUACUGACCUGUAAGGUUGUGUUCUCCGCUUGCAUUAAGGAUAUCACUGUAUAUAUCAUCUUAUCAUUUUUGUAUCAAGUUCAUGGAGAACAAAAAAACAGUAUUCAUAUUAUGUUUGUAAAACGGAAAGGUUGACUGUCAAUAAAAAUAAUAGAAUGUA